AUGUUCGAUAAUCCAUACCAAUCUCCCUGGAGAGGCUCUAUUGUUAUGGCACCUAGUGGACGUUACCUGGACCAAGCCCCAAGGCAGGGAAGAGCAUCCUUACGACUGUCGACAGGCUCUUCUACCAGCGAAGAACUACCACCUGACAGGGACAUUAUGGAGGGUCUCGUCGAUACACCUCUUAGUCCUAUAUCUGUUCCGGACAUAGAUUCUGACCAGGAGGAAAUUCAAGUCACGGAUUGCAGUUUCAUUGGUUCUUACAGUUGGCUAAAGGGUGACUCUCCUGCCAUACUUGUUCCAGGGUCGCCACCGCUUUGGCAAAACAGACCUGUUCCUUACACGAUUCCUCCGGACACGGGUGUUCAGUAUGUUGAUCAAAAUGGAUUUCGAAUGCCAAAACAAAUCCUUCUACCGCUCAUAGAGGCAGUUAACAAAGUCAAGAAGAUGGAGUUCGAUUGGAGUUCUGUCGAUUUCGUAACAGACAGGAACAAUCUCCGUAAAAUUACCCGAUGGGUUGGACGAGGAGACGUUCGCGAUUUCCGGAUCGAUUUACAGCUUGCUGGGAACAAGACUGUGUUGAUGAACCGAUGGGAGAAACGCACUCGUGAAGUGUUCAGUGGACGUACUUACGGUUUCAGUUUUGAGAAGGCCUCCACUAGUCACACGCCGGAAUGCAAGGAUAGUGUGGGUCACCAUCGAAUAAUUGCGUAUGACCUAAAUGGACUAAAAAUGGUCGUUAGAUUCGAAGUCGAUGCCGCUAUCCCACCUCCCGCAAAAUACCCCCGGAGAAGUAUUUCCAGUAUAGACGAAUUGACAGCGUCGAUAAACAAAAUCGCCUUGUCUCGUGCUAGUUCACAGUCAGGAAAGCUACAAAUAUACGAAGGGGGAAGCCAAGUAUCUUCGACAGCCGUCGUCGAGCUCACCACACGAUCACAGAAUAAUAUAAAAUUAAAUGGGUUCGACUGGAAGGAGGCAUAUCCACAGCUCUUUUUCUCUCAAACCGCCCAUCAUUUUCUUGCCAUUCAUAACCGUGGGCGUUUUGUCGACAUUCAGAAACGUAAACUAUCUUCGGACGAGCUCCAAGCUGUCCAGGAAGAUUCUCAAGUUGAAUUAAAGAAGGUUAGGAGGGCUCUGGAUUUGAUCAAGCAGGUCGUCAUCGAGAAUGGACUCGAGGGCCGCAUAAGCUUGGUGUGCCGCGGGGGCGAGAUGAAAGUAUACAAGAGGAUUAGCGAUGACAGUUGCCUUCCGGAAAACGCGUUCAAAUUAUUUGAGGCUUGA